CAACAUAUUGAUGCUCAAAAUAAAAAUUUAAAUCGAUAUUUGGCCGCUCUAUUUACUCUUGAUAACAACAGCGUUGAAAUUCUACAAAAAUCAAAAGCGUGCACAUUAGCAGCAGCCUGGUGUAGACACGAUCACAGUUUAGCAAAUAAUUUACUAAAACAUUGUAAAUUGUUUACACUAACAGAAGUAUUGAAAGCAGUAAAUAUGUUAGAUGCAGCACGACAAAUUCGAGUACAUGAAAAACAAUUGAAACGGCUUGAAUUAUCAAAAACAAAGCCAAAAGCUGUUAAAUUAGGCAAAAUAAAAAAUAAUAUUGAUAAUCUUAGUAAGAUAAAACCUUUGUCUGGAAGUGCAAGUGGUGCUGUUGCUCGUCAUGUUCGCCGAUGGACUCGUACAUUGUCUGCAACAGAACUAGAAUAUUUUGCUUUACAUAUGCCAACUGAACCGUGGAAAAAACUUGCGGAUAUUGUCCAUUUCAAUCCAACUAAGGAUUUUCCGGGUUUACCAUGGUUUCUGCCAUUUUGUUUUGGAAAUCCAGCUCCAUCUGACACGAUGGUAGCUCACUGUCGAAAUGUGACAACUGAAAAUGUUAAUACUCUUUUAAAAGAGUUUUCUAUCCCCUAUUCUCAUUUAAAACAAUUCAAAAACGUUUUAAGUGAAGAAUCAAAAGCUAAAAUUGCUUUAAAAGAAGAAAAGUUAGACACAUUACUUUGGUAUUACGAAGAUUUACAGUGUGAUUCGGUUGAUGAAAUAAUUCAAGAGAGACUAACAGCACCACACGAUGGAGUAGAAAAAAUAGUGACAUUACCAUACGGAAAAUUAAUGGAACGUUUGUUGCUUAUUCGAAUGAUACGAGAAGGUCUAAGUCCAAAUCCGACUGGGCAACUAGUUGUAGAUGAAAAACGAGCACCAUUUUACUCAGAUUUGAUUAAAAUUGCUGAAGAACAAUUAACAAAAUUGAAGUAA